GAGCCAUUGUGCCUGGCCUUCUUUUUUUUUUUUUCAGAAAAGCAGGUUUAUUUCAUAAAACUGUGGGUCUGAAAGCUGGUGGAUGAAAUAUAGCUAGUUGUCUCGUCCAAGUCCUGGAGAAUUGCAAUAGCUGCUUUAUUUUAUGAAAUGUUGACUCAAGCAAAGAAGAUUUAGAGAAGAUUUAUUUUUCUAGAAAAAAACAAUCUGACCUUUUAAGUUUUUCAGUUUGAACCUGCCUCACUCAAAUUAAGAACGUUUGUAGCUAAAGAAGCUUUAUUGGACUUGGAGGUUGCAGCUGGAGUAAGAUAACAUUUCUGUAUUAGGCGAAUCUAACAUUUCUGUAUUAGUGAAUCUAUGGGUGUUGUAAGUGUUGGCUGUAUCCCAAGUGGAAUUGAAUGUUAUUAAACCCUUUCAAGAACUUCAUUUCUGUCCACCAAAUGGACAGGUUUUGCUACAAUCCAGUAGACUUGGGAAGUUUCUAAAUACUUGAAGUUGGUUAGUUCGAAGUUUUAAGAAAAGGAAACAGUUAAAAACAGAGCUUGACAGGUCACCCAGUUGACCCAGUGUGUUAGGGGCAGUUUCAAAGACUGAUGUGAGGAGGAGUGGAAAGGGGUCAGUAGGUGAUAUGGUCAUUGUGAAGCAUUGGCUUGACAGUUCUUUACAGCCCCCUGCACAGCUGCAGACUGUGUGGCAUGUGGUCAAGAAAUGGAGAUAAAACUGUUUUUAAGCUCAAACACAGUAGGAAGGCUGCGAAAUGGCUGGCAUUGCCUGGCUGUAUUUGCAUCCUCUCUCUGCCAUUUGAGGGCAGUGGAUUCAGCAUGCAUCUUUGAAGUAGAUUCCAACUUGUCAGAGGCGAGAACCGAAGUUUGGAGGUAGACGAGCAGGCGAGCGGUUUGCCCGGGCGCAGAGCAUGAAGGCCGGGCGGGCGCGGGGAGCGGGCGCCCGCCGCCCGGCGCGGGGGUGAGCGAGAGAGAGAGCGGAGCGCGUGUGGCCGGCGCCGCUCGGCCGGGAGCUCCCGCGCUCGCGCCCCGCGCCCCGCGCCCGCCGCCGCCGCCGCCCCUGUUGCGAUGGCGCAGAAACCCCGUUGACAAGGCACUGCUUUUUCAUGACGCAAAACGUCAUAUUAUUUCACAAAAAGCCCAGCGAUUUCACCUGAAGAAGCUUGGGAACUCCUGCCAAAAAUUGUAACACUUCUCACAUUGCAAUGUUGUCAUGGAUGAUGAUGAUGACUCGUGUCUCCUUGAUCUUAUUGGAGACCCACAAGCACUGAACUAUUUUCUACAUGGACCUAGUAAUAAAUCUAGCAAUGAUGACUUGACUAACGCAGGAUAUUCUGCAGCCAAUUCAAAUUCAAUUUUCGCCAACUCUAGUAAUGCUGAUCCUAAGUCAUCCCUCAAAGGUGUAAGCAACCAGCUUGGAGAAGGGCCCAGUGAUGGACUGCCACUUUCAAGUAGCCUCCAGUUUCUUGAAGAUGAACUCGAGUCUUCUCCUCUUCCUGAUCUCACUGAGGACCAACCUUUCGACAUUCUUCAGAAAUCCUUGCAAGAGGCCAAUAUCACUGAACAGACAUUGGCAGAAGAGGCAUAUUUGGAUGCCAGUAUAGGUUCAAGCCAACAGUUUGCACAAGCUCAGCUUCAUCCUUCUUCAUCAGCAUCCUUUACUCAGGCUUCUAAUGUUUCUAAUUACUCAGGUCAGACGCUGCAGCCUAUAGGGGUGACGCAUGUGCCUGUUGGAGCAUCGUUUGCAAGCAAUACAGUGGGUGUACAACAUGGCUUUAUGCAACAUGUGGGGAUCAGUGUUCCCAGCCAGCAUUUGUCUAAUAGCAGUCAGAUUAGUGGUUCUGGUCAAAUACAAUUAAUUGGGUCAUUUGGUAAUCAUCCUUCCAUGAUGACUAUUAAUAACCUAGAUGGAUCUCAAAUCAUAUUAAAGGGCAGCGGGCAGCAAGCCCCAUCAAAUGUGAGUGGAGGGCUCCUGGUUCAUAGACAGACUCCUAAUGGCAACUCCUUGUUUGGGAACUCCAGUUCCAGUCCAGUAGCACAGCCUGUUACUGUUCCAUUUAACAGCACAAAUUUUCAAACAUCUUUACCUGUGCAUAACAUCAUCAUACAAAGGGGUCUUGCACCAAAUUCAAAUAAAGUCCCAAUUAAUAUACAGCCAAAGCCUAUCCAGAUGGGUCAGCAAAAUACAUACAAUGUGAACAAUUUGGGAAUUCAGCAGCACCACGUACAACAAGGGAUCUCUUUUGCUUCUGCAAGCUCACCCCAGGGCUCAGUAGUUGGUCCACACAUGUCUGUGAACAUUGUAAACCAACAGAACACAAGAAAGCCAGUCACCUCACAGGCAGUGAGCAGCGCUGGGGGCAGUAUUGUUAUUCAUUCCCCCAUGGGCCAGCCUCACGCACCCCAAAGUCAGUUCCUCAUACCUACAAGCCUUUCUGUCAGUUCCAACUCGGUACACCACGUCCAGACUAUAAAUGGGCAACUUCUUCAGACUCAACCCUCUCAGCUCAUUUCUGGCCAAGUGGCCUCAGAGCAUGUCAUGUUGAACAGAAACUCUUCCAACAUGCUCAGGACCAACCAACCAUAUUCUGGACAGAUGCUUAACAACCAGAAUACUGCCGUCCACUUAGUGUCUGGGCAGACAUUUGCUGCCUCUGGAAGUCCAGUGAUAGCCAAUCAUGCCUCUCCUCAGCUUGUGGGUGGACAGAUGCCCUUGCAGCAGGCGUCCCCAACGGUAUUACACCUGUCACCUGGGCAGAGCAGCGUUUCCCAAGGAAGACCUGGCUUCACCACCAUGCCCUCGGUGACAAGCAUGUCAGGACCUAGUCGGUUCCCUGCUGUCAGCUCAGCCAGCACUGCCCAUCCUAGCCUUGGGUCUGCAGUUCAGUCUGGUUCAUCAGGAUCAAACUUUACGGGAGAUCAGCUGACGCAGCCGAACAGGACUCCAGUACCAGUCAGUGUGUCUCAUCGUCUUCCAGUUUCUUCUUCCAAGUGUACCAGCACCUUCAGUAACACACCUGGAGCAGGAACCCAGCAACAAUUCUUCUGCCAGGCUCAGAAAAAAUGUCUGAAUCAGACUUCCCCCAUUUCUGCUCCCAAGACCACAGACGGCCUGAGGCAAGCACAGAUCCCUGGGCUCUUGAGCACCGCACUGCCAGGGCAGGAUUCUGGAAGCAAAGUUAUAUCUGCAUCCUUAGGAACCGCACAACCACAGCAGGAAAAAGUAGUUGGAUCAUCUCCUGGCCAUCCAGCUGUGCAGGUGGAUAGUCAUUCGGGAGGACAAAAAAGGCCUGCUGCAAAACAGCUAACUAAAGGAGCUUUCAUUCUCCAGCAGUUGCAGAGGGACCAAGCCCACACUGUGACACCGGACAAAAGUCACUUCCGAUCACUAAGUGAUGCGGUGCAGAGACUGCUCUCCUACCAUGUGUGCCAGGGCUCCAUGCCCACUGAAGAAGACUUGAGAAAAGUGGACAAUGAAUUUGAAACAGUUGCCACUCAGCUCCUAAAAAGGACCCAAGCUAUGCUUAACAAAUACAGAUGCCUGCUCCUAGAAGAUGCCAUGCGAAUCAAUCCCUCUGCUGAGAUGGUGAUGAUCGAUAGGAUGUUCAACCAGGAGGAAAGAGCUUCCCUAUCCCGAGACAAGCGCCUGGCGCUUGUAGACCCUGAGGGUUUUCAGGCUGAUUUCUGUUGUUCCUUCAAACUUGAUAAAGCUGCUCAUGAGACACAGUUUGGCCGGAGUGACCAGCAUGGCAGUAAAGCAAGCAGCUCUCCACAUCCGCCGGCCAAGGCCCAAGGCAGAGACCGAGCCAAAACCAGUGUGACAGAAUCCAUGAAUCAUGACCAGUUUCAUCUAGUGCCUAAUCACAUCGUGGUCUCUGCAGAAGGAAACAUUUCUAAAAAAACAGAAUGCCUUGGCAGAGCACUGAAAUUUGACAAAGUGGGCUUAGUUCAGUACCAGAGCACGUCUGAAGAGAAGGCCAGUCGGAGAGAGCCUCUGAAGGCCAGUGAGUGCUCUCCCGGCCCUGAAGGGCACCGGAAAACCUCAUCCAGAUCAGAUCACGGUACUGAGAGCAAACUCUCAAGCAUCCUAGCAGAUUCGCACUUGGAGAUGACAUGUAACAAUUCCUUCCAGGACAAAAGUCUGAGGAAUUCUCCAAAGAAUGAAGUUUUACACACAGACAUCAUGAAAGGGUCAGGUGAGCCCCAGCCAGAUCUCCAGCUGACGAAGAGCUUGGAAACCACAUUUAAGAACAUCUUGGAACUCAAAAAGGCAGGACGGCAGCCCCAGAGUGACCCCACGGUUAGCGGCUCUGUUGAGUUAGAUUUCCCCAACUUUUCUCCUAUGGCUUCACAGGAAAACUGCCUGGAAAAGUUCAUCCCGGACCACAGUGAAGGUGUUGUAGAAACUGACUCCAUUUUAGAAGCAGCUGUAAAUAGUAUCUUAGAGUGUUAAUAGCAGCAGUCCUCCCCUUACCCCACCCAAGACCCACCCCCCCGGCCCCGGACCAGUUACAUUCUUUCCUGGCAAAAGCAAAUGGAAAUGGUCUCCUGUCUCCAGCCUGCUUGAUCUUUCAUCACAGGUUAUACUUUCUAAUCUCAAUCCUGUUCUUUGUUUAAGAGCAAUACUUGUCGUGAUUACAGGGAGAUCCUUUAGUAAAAUUAAUCCUUGUUAGAAAGCAGUCUGAUAGGCCCCACUCAUUUCAAGUGUUAUGAAAGUGCUUAUAGUCAUUUUGUUUAUUUGUUUUGUUUUUUAAAAACACCGUAACUCAAUGAGACCACGUAUACUUGGCCCUUGGUAAAAUUUUGACAAUCAUAAGUCAUUUGAAAAGAACAGACUUACUAAAAUCAAACGAGACAGAUAGAAGCUACUUUUUAAAGAAUAUCCCACUGCAUCUCCAAAUUUAGUUUUGGGGGUUUUUAUUAUUAUUAUUAUUUUGGGUUUGUGUGUGCGUGUGUUUUGUUGUUGUUGUUGAGGGGAAGACCACAUGCUUCUUCCCCCUCAGCCAUCCUUGAGCAGUAAAUUGCUGGGUGUGCUGCCAGGGACCGGAGCCCUGGUGGAAAAGCCAGUAGCACAUACGCAGGGCAUUGCAGUGCUUCCCUGUUGAUGGUUCAAGUGCUUUUCUGAUGCUUCUGGGACAAAACCUCAUGCUUUUAGGCAUAUCCAUGUUGAAUUUCAUCUAGGGAAUGUUCUGUUCUUAGUUACAGCAGCAAAAUUUGAAAUAAUUUCACCAGGCUAAAUAAAGGAAAAUGGAAACCAGUUAAGAGGCACAGUGUACAGGGGAGGCCGGGAUAGAGCCAUGAAGGUUAUAAUAUUAAUAUGUAUAUAUGUAAAAGCAUAUAUAUGUUAACUAUUGAGAAAAAACAAGUUUUGCAUUUUAUAAUUGGAUAUAGUCAACAUAUGAUGUAUGUUUUUGUUUGUUGCUGGAUUUUGUUUCACUUAACCUCUCUUUGCACCCUCUCCCACAACAAAUACCAAGCAUCAAAAGCACUUUCAUUUGAAAAUUAUGUUGUAAUUUUUCAGUUUAAACUUUAAGGAGACUUUGGCCUUGUUUAUGCUUCUUGUCUGAGAACAGUGGUCACCCCUGGCAGCAAUUCAUUACCAAAACACAGACAAACCAAAGGUAACCAGCUAGCCCACCACUGAAAGGAAAGAUCUUAGACAUGGGAUUCCCAUUUGAGAGCCAAAGGAUAUGCCCUGUCACCAUUUCUGUUUGGCCUGUGUUCAUAUUAGUGAGCAUGGCUUAUUGCUUUAUUUAUUUUUAUUUCUUGUCAGGGAGUGUUCUCCGUUUUCCUUUCUCGUAUACCUGCCCCAGGUUAUCCCAUUUCUGUUGUUACCUUUAUUCUCAAUGUCAUUGUAACCAUCACUUAUCUCCUCUCAUUGGGAAAGCUACAUGGUAGUAUUUGUAUGCACUCUUCUCCCACACAUACACACAUGUGCAUGUAUCUGAGCUGCUCGGAUCCAGAGGUCAUUUUUGUUACAGUGUGUGCACACUCACUCUCCUUCUUUGUGUGCAUACUCUCUCAUUUAUUCUGUUUAUCUCCCUGGCUCUGGAGGUGCAGCCUCUGGUCUUCACUUUAGUGUGUUGCUAGAAUCUGCUUCUGGCUGUCGCCAGCAUGGGGAUGACCCCCAUUGUCAUCAUGUUGGGCAUUUCUUUUCCGGAUUGGCCUGUGAUGGAAAGGAAGGCUUCUGAUUAGAAAACACAGCAACAGAAGACCUAUACCCCCGGUGCCCCUUUGUCCCACUAUACACAAAAAACCCUGUGAGAUGGCCAAUCUUCAUAAUAGCAACGUACCUUCACCCCAACCACGUGCCCUAGCCAAUACAAAUUGGAAAAUCUGGGCCAUUUUAGGGUUACCAUUUUUUCCUUAUUUGUGCCAAUGUCCAAGUUGCAGAUUUCCCCUUUUUCCUGUAUUGUAACAUAUUAGGUAAGUUGGUUUUGCCAGUUGGUACUUUCUGUUUGGGUAGCCCUGGGGUAACACCCUGCCCUGAACUCCAUGAUUUCAUAGGCUUUUCUUCCCUUAGGGCUCAUGCUCCCCUAAUUCCUAGCAAGAUGAUCCCUCCUAAUCAAAUUCUUCUCAUUGCGGGACUUUAUCCCUGGAAGCCUUCAUGUGGGCUGCUAGUGAAUUAUAUUAAUUACUGCAAAUCAGUGGAAUUCUCAAGAGACAAGAUAAGCUUCAUGUACAUUUGUCACCUCUCUUUCUUCCCUAUCCUGCCCUGCUGUCCCAAUCCUAGCUUUUCUAUAUACCAUCUUAAAGGGUUUUUAAGCCCUAACACUUGUCUAGCAAAUGGAGAGCCUAAUUUACCAAAAUGAAACUUGUAAAUGUUUGUGUCAUUGUAUGUAAGUUUACUUUUUACGGAGGAAGGAUUCUAGAUAAUGACAAAUGAAGAUUAUGACAUGUAUUUUACUCCUGUGAUUAGGUUCUACACACAUGGGUCAUAACUCGCAUGUUGAGCCCCCUCUGGUGCAAGGUAGGAGAGCUCAGCCUCAGAUGGCCAGCAUUCAGUUUUUCAGGUUCAUUAGUCAAAGUUAAGUUUUAGAACUAUUUGUACUCAGUCACAAAAAUCAUUUUUCUUUUUUUUUUUUUUUUUUCUGUUGUUGUCGUGGAAAAGUGUGAAUUUGUUAUUAAGCAUUUGAUUUUCUGUGUCCUUAAGUACUUCCUAAAGAUGAAGCAAAAUUUUAAUCUGGCAAUUACGAAAAAGAAAUAUUUUAGCUCUGAAGGAUUUAGUAGAUUCUAUUAGAUUAGGGAGGCCUUACAGACUGACUUGACUUAAAGAGGACGCGUCACUCGCUGUCAGUGUGGUGUGGGCUUUAUUUGCUUAAAUACCUUCAUUUGUAUAGUAUGUCUCACUUGAAAUUGCUUUGUAUACAUUUUGUAAAAAUAUUUAUAAAAUGUUUUGUAAAAAAAAAAAAAGUAUAACAAAUUGCAGUUUAUUUUGUUAUGUUGGAUAAAUACUGUUAAAAGAAACCAGUCAGUAACUAUAUUGUUAAUUCAUGGUUAGGAAAUGUUUAGUUGGAGAUUACAAAAUGAAACAACCAUUGCAAUACAGCCAAAGAUUUGGGAAAAUG